AUGAAACGACCUUUUUCUACGGUCUACGAGCGCUUGAUACAAAGUGUAGAAGAAGCCUUGCCGACAUUGUUUACAUUGGGUAGUGUGGCAACAGUGCUGUUGCUUAUUGUGAUUGUUGGUGUAGCUUCUUUAAUCGCUCUAUUCGCUUGGAAAAAACAGAGGAAGUCUUGGUCUAAGCUUACUGGAAGCAGCAGCUCAGUUUCAUUCAGUUGUUUCUCCAUUGUUCAUGCCAUUGUUUUAACAAUAGCCGGAAUUUGUACAUUAGUACCAUGGCGAAUACAUUGUUUUCAGAAGGCUGUUGUUGUGAAAGUUUGA